AUGAGGAUGGCUGGUUACCCCCAGCGAAGAGGUUUGCUGUCGGUGUGGUGUGAGGAGUUGGGUCGUCUGCUCCUUCUGCGGCACCAGAAGGACCGAAACGAGCAGAAGGACAGUGCUGUGCCAACCAUGCACCAGACGAUGCACAAACCGCCGCACAUGGCGCCGGGACCACACAGCUAUUCCUGUUUCAGUGAGUCCUCGUCGAUGGCGCCACUGGGCUGGCAGCAGGCCCCGGGGGCCCCUCCCUCACAGGGCCCACAGCAACAACAGCAGCAGCUCUCCGUGGUGACGACGGUUUGGGGCGUCACGACUAGCACCCAGAGUGGAGGACCCAUGGCCGGAUCGUAUGGUGGCACCCACACGACGAUGGCCCAGGGGGCCCCUUACUCCGGGGGCCAGCCUGGGGGUACCUACCCGGGAAGCAUGACGCCCAAGUCCUACCCUCCUGGCAUGGGUAACAGGCAAAACGGGCCUGGUUACAAUGGGUGAGUUGCCCGAAAUUUUAAUUUUUUAUUUUUAUUCAAAAACGUUCAUUAACUGGCGCUAUCUAAUUUGUUGUCAAUUUAAAUGUUGCAAACGU